ACAAGAGCCUUGUACUUGUCUGUGGUCCGUGCUAUGUCAUAAGUAUUCUCUUGAAGAUGAUCUACUACUCGUGGUGUUGCUUGCUGUUGUGUGAUGAUUGUUGAAGGGAAAAAUAACUUCCCCAACUCGUCGGUGGUUGUGACACGACGCUUUUUUUCAUCAUACCUCAUGGGUCUAUGUAUAAUGUUGAUCCAGCUGCAGGAGAGCUGCUGUAGGUUGUCGUUGUAAAAAUGAUAGACUAUAAAUGCUCUAGUUGUGCUAGUAUUUUUGUAUCUCGUGAAGAUCUAUCGGAAUCCAGUUCCAUCACAAGAACUGCAGCACGAACAUAAUUUUACGUCCACCGAGGAAGUACUUAGUACUAGAUGGUGGGCGUCAUCGAGGAGAAAAUGUCGAGCGAAGUAGAAAAGGUCCAGAAGCUCCUGGUGUCCGGCAGUUCCCAUCAUCCCCCGGACAGCACGGGGGCCAAGAAUAAAAGCUCGCUGGAAGACGCGAUCAAGCUUUUCGUCGACAUUUUUCUGGCCAAAACGGUGACCACCCACCCCUACGCGUGCUGCGUGGACGCGAAAACCGGGCGAAUCCUCGGGGUCGGGAAAAAGUGGCGGAAACUCUACCUUUGCAAGGAGGAUCCAGUCGGAAAGAAGGUGAAAGAGGUCACCCAGCGCAGCAAAUACCACACCAGUGUCUUCAAAGAAAACGGGCUCUCCUCCUCUCUGAAGAACCCGAACAAGACGCUGCACCACGCGCGGCACGACGAAUGGGUCGGCGAAGAGGUGUUGUGCGACCGCACCGACGAGCUGCUGUUCUUUUUCAAGCGCCCAAAGGUCGUGUGCACGCCGGACAAGAACGGGGUGGUCGAAUGGGACAUGAACUCGGUGAACGAGGCCGCGCGCUGCCUCUUCGUCGGGCAACACGUGAUACCGCCCGCCCCCUUUCGGGAGGCGCACAACCGAACCCAGCACAUUCCGGGGGAGGGCAAGACCUGCAGUGUAUUGAGAGGAAAAAUCCCCCCUCCCCAUAUUGAAAACGCAUUCGUCUGAAAAUUUGUGAUGCAGAUUUGAGGUCACAAAUCCUGUCUGUCUUGCAAGAAGGCAAAGCCUUAGAGUCCGCCGCAUUAUGCCGGCGGUUUGUGAUGCUGUUGGGCUUACAGGGCCGACGUCUGUCAUGCUAGUCCCCUACGUCAAAACCUCUCGACCCAGGCUUGGUAUAUGCCUGCAGUCCUCUCCAGCAAGACAGACCUGAUUUGUGUACGCAAAUCCAGCAUCAGAAAUUUCCUCGGUGCUAGUGGGCACAUUUGUACGAAGUUAUUUCUACUCAGAUAACAACACAGCUCACUAUGCCGCCUUCCCAGGAGCUGUUGUUGCUGUCUUUCGGUAGAAAUCACAUCGUCCAAAUAAUCCUACUAGAGUUUACCGGGUAUGUGGUUUAAGUUUUUUAGGUAUAGUCUAAACAGGGACGCCCAGCCCUUAGCCAUCCAAAAUCAGAAAUUUCGUUUCGAUAUGGGGAGGGGGGAUUUUUCCUUUUGAUACAGUGUCCUGUUGUCGCUUCUGCUGGCCGAGAAUCGCGACGGCUCCAACCCCUUGGUGCACCUGGCGGAGCCCAUGGUCGAUACGAUCAUGGCCGAUCACGAGGCGCACUGGUUUUUUGACCCCAGCUUGUCAGGAGCCACUUGCUCGUGGUCUCAGGGCUUCGUCAAUUUUUAGCCAGUAUCACUGUCUUCAAUCGCUCGCCUAAAGUAAGAAGCGAGCACACGACUGCUUUUUUGACUCCAUCGAUACGUGAAAAAAGAAUAAACGGAGCACGCGGUUUGGUAUUUUCAACUACAGCGACCACAAUGAGCUAUAGUAGCAAGAACCCCACGUCGACUGCAUUCUGCAUCUACUUCGAAAGAACAAUGCUGGCGAUAAAAUGUGAAAAACAUUCGUACGCACUACAUGCGUCAAGAACUGCGUGGAAGUGUCUCCAC